AAUCAAGGGAGAACAUGGCAAGUUAUUACUUUCUAUAGGAAUAACACAUUCAACGAACCAUGGAUGAUUUGGCAAACAUUAACUGUCCGAUUCUCUUUCUCCUUGCGCUGCUGCACACGAGUCACACCGGAGUGCCAGUUUCAGUGAAGAACUGGUAGACCGAAGUUCCGCUUUUAGCUAACGUCACCUCUCGUAAUGCAUUUGACUAGCACUGACAGCUUCUGUGAAGUAUCUAGCCAUUUUAGCUAGCUGUGAGGCAAGUGUGUCAGCAUUUUAAGCACUGUAAAUGCCACAAAAACAUAGUUAACAAGCAACGCAUGAGCGCUUGAUAAGCCAGAAUGUCACCUCUUGAACAGCGGUGUUUGCUCCACUUCAUGAACACGACAGCGGGCUCUAACAACACAUGACUUGUGGAGCCACAUUAUUUUAUUUUUUAUUAACAACAAAUCAAUACAUAAAGCACAUGAGGGAACACAAGCACACAUAGAUUACAAACAAUGGACAAUGUCACAUUACAAUUACACACUUGUGGAGCCACAUCCGGAACCACUGAUGGAACGCUACACGUCAGAAUUGGUGGUGGCAAAGGACGGACCAAUGGGAAGGACGGACCAAUGGGAAGGAUGUUUACCUCGCGUCUCAACAAUGUGUCGUUCGGAUUCAGAUUUUGGCGUUGAUGAGCAUCUGAUUUAUUCUCUACAAUUGAUAAGGAGGAAGCUGAGCUCUGUUCUGGUUGCCUGAGGACACAUCUGCUGUAACACUUACCUGUGCUGUGUGAACCUUGGCCUUUGCGUGAACUAAGGGAGUGUGUCACCUGAGGCAGGACAGCGGGAUUCUUCUCAACCUUCAUCCAUCGAUCUACAACACUCACUUCUUGAAGUCCAAGCUAGCCUGACUGCUCUCUCCCUCCCUCUGUAUCUAUUCAACCAUCCCUCCUUCACACUUCUCCAUGCUUCUGCCCAAAUAUGUCCCUCAGUAAGACUUCUGUCUCUCCGUCCCUCCGUGAUCCAUCUCUUUGUCCAUCUGCGCCCCUCCUGACCACCAGGCUGGAUUUCCUGCAGAUGAAACACUUGAAGAGGAAGAGGAAGAGUAACUACAGCGUUCGUGAGACACAGACACUGAUCCGGGAGAUCCACAAAAGACGAGACGUGCUGUUCUCCCGCCAGCAGAACACCGCCAUCAACGAGCUGAAGAGACGAGCCUGGGAGGAGGUAGCAGGAGGCGUCAACGCACUGGGAGAGGGCGAGCUACGCACAUCUUCAGAGGUGAAGCGGCGUUACCUGGACUGGCGGUCACUAAUGAAGAGGAAGCAGCUCCAUGCUGAGCUGUCUCUAUCCACAGGGCUGAAGGCAGAGUAUGAUCCGUCCUCCCCUGAACACAACGCCUCACUGGGCUCAAGGGACCAGUCGCUCGACCUCUCUAGCUUUCCCAAGGAGUCACAGUGCGACUGGCAGGACCUGGCGGAUCUUGGAGAGCCCAGCGGACACGCAAUGUCUACAGGGAUUAAGAUGGAGGAGGAGGUCAAUGGAUACAGGCUGGAGGGUGAUAGCGGAGAGGGAGAUGGUGAGGUAGAGGAGGAGGAUGAUGAUGAUGAAGAUUGUUUCCCCUCCCUCCUACCCGACAUGGGAGAGCGCGAUGUACGUAUCCCGGAAGUCUUCUCACACAUUGAUGAGUUUGGAAUGCUCAGCGCCUCAAAGGGGACGGCGACCUCAAUAAAUCGGGACCUCUCAUUGGGCGGAAUGGGCUUUGCUGGGUUAGGACUGGCCAAUCACGAGAGUACGGGACUUCUGGUUGGUUUGGAGAAGCAGCGUGUGGAACUGGAGAAGCAGCGUCUGGCUGUGGAAACGGAGCGGCUUGUGUUGGAGAGAGAGAGACUCCUACUGGAUAAGGAGAGACUGAGUCAGUCGGAGGUGGAGAGGGAGAGAUUGCAGCUGGAGAGAGAGAGAUUGCAGCUGGAGAGAGAGAGAUUGCAGCUGGAGAGAGAGAGAUUGCAGCUGGAGAAGGAGAGACUUAGGCUGUUGCUCAUGAACCAAUCAGAACGGGCUGCUGCUCCCCCCCAGCAAGGCCCUCCCUCCUCCUCCACCCCUACCACAUCCUCUUCCUCUGCUGUGGAUGAACAGAAUGAGAGAAAUGAGAAUAAACCCUGGCUUUCUAUGAUAGAUCUGGAGGGUGAGAGACUGAGCCUGGAGAAGGAGCGACUGCAGUUAGAGAAAGAGAGGCUGCAGUUCUUUAAGUUUGAGUCUGGACGACUGCAGAUAGAGAGGGAGAGACUAGAGGUAGAGAGAAUGCAGCUUCACCAGGACCAGGGUCAUUGAGAGAGAGAGGGAGGAUAGGAUUGUUUCAAAUAACAUUUAGUCAAAUGCUUCGUAAACAACAGGUGUGGACUAACAGUGAAAUGCUUAUGGGCCGUUCCCAAUAAUGUAGAGAGGAAAUAGAGAAAUAAUUGAAAGAUGAUGAUGAUAAUAAUAGAUACAUAAUUAGAAAUGAAAAGCUUUGUUAUAUACAUGGAGUACCAGUACCAAUUUGAUGUGUAGGGGUACAAGGUAAUUGAGGUACAUACAGUGGCAAUAAAAAGUAUGUGAACCCUUUGGAAUUACCUGGAUCUCUGCAUAAAUUAGACAUAAAAUUUCACCUGAUCUUUAUCUACAGUAAGUCACAACAAUAGACAAACGGUCUGCUUAAACUAAUAACAUAGAAAUGAUUGUAUUUGUCUUGUCUUUAUUGAAUAGAUCAUUUAAACAUUCAGUGUAGGUUGGAAGAAGUAUGUGAACCUCUAGACUAAUGACUUCUCCAAAAGCCAAUUGGAGUCAGGAGGCAACUAACCUGGAGUUGAAUCAAUGAGACAAGAAUGGAGAUGUUGGUUAGAGCUGCCCUGCCCCAUAAACACUCACAACAUUAGUUUGCUAUUCACAAGAAGCAUUGCCUGAUGUGAACCAUGCCUCAAACAAAAGAGAUCUCAGGAGACGUAAGAUGAAGAAUUGUUGCCUUGCAUGAAGCUGGAAAGGGUUACAAAAGUAUCUCUAAAAGUCAGUCCACGGUAAGACAAAUUGUCUAGAAAUUGAGAAAUGUUGCUACUCCCCCUAGGAGUGUCCGUCCUGCAAAGAUGACUGCAAGAGUACAGCGCAGAAUGCUCAAUGAGGUUAAGGGGAAUCCUGGAGUGUUAGCUAAGACUUACAGAAAUCUCUGGAAGAUGCUAACAUCUCUGUUGACGAGUCUACAAUACGUAAAACACUAAACAAGAAUGGUGUUCAUGGAAGGACACCAUGGAAGAAGCCACUGCUGUCCAAAAAAAA